AACUCUUCCAAAUGCUCUUUAAUUCUGCUAUUGCCGCUGCCUCCUUGAUCGCUACCGUUGCUGCCGCCGAACACGGCCACAAGCACGAAAAGAGAGAUGUUGUGUACGUCACCGAGACCCAAUUGACCACCGUCACCCAGGGCGCUGCCGCCGGCACCGCCGCCGCUGUUGCUCCAGCUGCUGCUGCUGUUGUCUCGGCUGUUGCCCAAGCCAAGGGUGCCAAGACCACCGCUGCUGCGGUCACCAAGGCCUCCACCACCUUGACCACCGCCGCUUCCUCCCCAACCUCCUCCGCUGGCUUCAAUGGUGGUGCCAAGGGUAUCACUUACUCCCCAUACAAUGCGGACGGUACCUGCAAGAGCCUCUCCUCUGUCCAGUCCGACUUGGCCCAGAUGGACGACUUUGCCAUCAUCAGACUCUACGGUGUUGACUGCAACCAGGUCGAGAACGUCUUGCAGGCCAAGAAGACCACCCAGAAGGUCUUUGCCGGUAUCUACUUCAUGGACGCCAUUACCGCUGGUAUUCAGCAGUUGGCUUCUGCCGUCAGUUCCUACGGGUCUUGGGACGACAUCUACACCGUCUCCAUCGGUAACGAGUUGGUCAACAGUGGCCAGGCCACCGUUUCCCAGAUUGCCGGUUACGUUGCUGAGGGUCGUACUGCUUUGAAGGCCGCCGGUUACACCGGCCCAGUUGUCUCUGUUGACACCUUCAUCGCUGUCAUCAACAACCCUGGCUUGUGCUCCUACUCUGACUACAUGGCCGUCAACGCCCACGCCUUCUUCGACGGCCUGAUCGCUGCUGCGGGCUCUGGUGACUGGGUUCUUUUGCAGAUCCAGAGAGUCUGGUCCGCGUGUAACGGUGACAAGGAUGUCUUGAUUACCGAGACCGGCUGGCCAUCCCAGGGUGAGAACAACAACGUGGCUGUUCCAUCCAAGGCGAACCAGGAAGCCGCCAUUGCCUCUAUCAAGGCCAAGGCUGGUAGCUCCUGUAUCUUGUUCAACGCCUUCAACGACUACUGGAAGGCUGACGGUGCUUUCGCCGCCGAGAAGUACUGGGGUAUCUUGUAGAUACCCAGUCGUAUCUAUACCCUCUUUUCCGACUUGACCAAUUUAUUUUAUGUUUAAUCAGUUGUAGGUGAAGCGUGGAUGCAAUUUUGUAGCGAGGGCACUCAUCGGUAAUCUGGUGGUUGGAUGGUAAGUCUAGCUUAGUGCUAGUAUGUUUUAAU